CUGUCUUCAAGCUUAAACGUCCCCAUGGCAACAACAUCCAAUACGUCACUGCUCACUGUUUUCCAUUGUCCACAUAACAUGCUGCUAAAGGGAGACGUGCCUCGUUCCUUGUAGUAAUUACGGACUACAGAUGGACCGCAGUUUGAAGCGCCGGCAGGUGAAACCACUUGCUGCCUCUCUGUUAGAUGCCUUGGAUUAUGACAGCUCAGAUGACAGUGACUUUGAAGUGGGAGAUGCCUCCGGAUCUGAUGGCACAGGCAAUGGCAGCGAUGAGGAAGGGUCUAAAGCAAGUGCUGCGGGUUCAGAAAGUGACUCGGACAACGCUGGUUCUGCAGACGAUGGCAUAGACGAAGAGGAGGCCAAAGACCUUGCUGCUGAGGACAACUUAACAGAAGAUGACGAGAAGACCAAACAGCAGCCUUCCUCAGACAGCUCCACCAAAGACACCCCUGCUGUCACCCCACCCAAAAGUCGACGUAAAAACAAGAAGACAUCCGAGUCUGAACCCGCCGCAGUUGCCAGCAUGGAAUCUACCUCAACAUCAGGGUCCGGCAGCGUGAACACAGAAGAGUCCCAGGCCGAGCCCAAGAAAUGGAAUUUCCGCAGGAACCGGCCGCUGCUGGACUUCACCACCAUGGAGGAGCUGAAUGAAAUGGACGACUACGACAGUGAGGAUGACAAUGACUGGAGGCCCACAGCAGGGAAGAAGAAAAAUAAAGCAGCUGCUCAAAAAGGUGGAACUGAGGAAGAGGAUGGCGGCAGCGCUAGUGAUGACGACGAUGAUAACGAUGAUGACGACGAUGAGGACGAAGAUGAGGAUGAGGAUGAUGAUGACGACGAUAAGGAAGAUGGUGAUGACAACAACAACAGUAGCAGUGAUAGUGAAAAAGAGGUAAAGAAGCCCAAGAAGAAGGCAAAGAGCACGAGUGCUUUUGAUGAAGAGCUGACGAAUGACAGCAUGUCCCAGGGAAAGGGCAAUGAGGAUGCCUUGCUGGACCGGUCCCAGACUUGGAGCACUCAGCACAUCCUCAUCUGCUGCGUCUGUCUGGGUGACAAUAGCGAGGAUGCAGAUGAGAUUAUUCAGUGUGACAACUGUGGGGUGACUGUGCAUGAAGGAUGUUAUGGUGUAGAUGGUGAGAGCGACUCGAUCAUGAGCUCUGCCUCGGAGAACUCGACAGAACCUUGGUUUUGUGACGCUUGUAAGAACGGAGUGACUCCCAGCUGUGAGCUGUGCCCCAACCAGGAUGGCAUCUUCAAAGAGACGGAUGCUGGGAGAUGGGUGCAUGUGGUUUGUGCGCUUUAUGUUCCUGGAGUAGCAUUUGGAGACAUUGAUAAACUACGACCAGUGACGCUCACAGAAAUGAAUUAUUCAAAAUAUGGGGCCAAGGAGUGCAGUUUCUGUGAGGAUGCCCGCUUUGCCAGGACUGGUGUGUGCAUCAGCUGUGAUGCUGGGAUGUGUCGCUCCUAUUUCCACGUCACCUGUGCACAGAGGGAGGGACUCCUCUCUGAGGCUGCAGCAGAGGAGGACAUUGCUGAUCCUUUUUUUGCGUACUGCAAACAGCAUGCAGACCGCUUUGACAGGAAGUGGAAAAGGAAGAAUUAUCUGGCCUUACAGUCCUACUGUAAGGUCUCUCUUCAGGAGAGAGAGAAACAACUUACUCCUGAAGCUCAGGCCCGAAUCACGACCCGCCUGCAGCAGUACCGAGCAAAGGCAGAGCUGUCCAGGAACACUCGGCCUCAGGCGUGGGUGCCCCGGGAAAAAUUGCCACGACCUCUGACCUCUAGUGCCUCAGCCAUCAGGAAGCUGAUGAGGAAGGCAGAGCUGAUGGGCAUCAGCACCGAUAUUUUCCCUGUGGAUACGUCUGAUGCCAACGCCAGCAUGGAUGGACGCAGGAAACACAAGCAGCCUGCCCUCACAGCAGACUUCGUCAAUUACUACCUGGAGCGGAACAUGCGAAUGAUCCAGAUCCAGGACAACAUCUCUGAGCAGAAGAACUUAAAAGACAAGCUGGAGAGCGAACAAGAAAAACUGCAUGUGGAGUACAACAAGCUCUGUGAAUCUCUGGAGGAGCUGCUGAAUGUGAAUGGGGAGCUGCGAAGUGAAGGCCAGGCCAUGUGGACUCUGCUUGGGGGCAUCCUGGGCCAGAAACUAAACACUCCAGCUGUUCUGAAAGCCCCAAAAGAGAGGAAGCCCAGCAAGAAGGAGGGAGGAUCCCCAGGGAAGUCUUCCAGUCUGCCAGCAGUUCUCUACAGCUGUGGAAUCUGUAAGAAGAACCAGGACCAACAUCUGCUGGUGCUGUGUGACACCUGCAAGCUCUACUACCACCUGGGCUGCCUGGAGCCACCGCUAACACGCAUGCCCAAAAAGACCAAGAACAGCUACUGGCAAUGCUCCGAGUGUGACCAGGCCAGCAGCGACGAGGCCGAUAUUGCCAUGGAGACGCUACCCGAUGGCACCAAGAGGUCCCGGAGGCAGGUCAAGGGACCAAUCAAAUUCAUUCCACAGGAGAUGUCGCCAGAGCCCAAAAAACAUCAAGUGAGAGGCACGAGAACUAGAGGGCAGAAGAGGAAGAGAGUUCCCAUCUGUGAAGACAGAGAAGAUAAAAUUGAGGAACCACUGCCACGAGAACGCCGACAACGGCAGUCUGCAAUGCAAAAGAAACCCAAAGCCGAUGACACAAGAACUGAGUGUACAACCUGCAAAGGACCGGGCGACAAUGAAAACCUUGUGAGGUUGUGAGAGCCGGGGCAGCCACCUCACCUCCCCAUAAAAACUCGGGACAGAUGACCGUUGGCUUAGAGACAGAGAGAGGCAAAUUGAGGCGUUUGAAGAAAUGGCGCUCGAAUCAAACUGAAGAACGAGACCGUCAUGCUGCCCCACAACCACCUCUGAUCCAAACUGGGCCGUCAGCUGUCCGACGCAAAUUGAGCGGAACUGUCUCAAUCCAAAACAUGGAGCAGAAAUGCUGAAGUGUUGUUGGAGCCAAAUUUUGUGGGUUAUUUUUUCAUUCCCAACUGCUUUUACACUGUACAACUAACUUGGUUGAUUAUUUUUGUGACCAGUUGUGACUCCAGUUGCAUCUAUGCAAUUGUCUGCAUCUGCAAAGUUUUGACCAAGUGAGAAAAAGUUAUGUAUUUAUACAAUUCAUGUAUUAAACCACUUUGGCAAAUAACCACAUUACCUUUCUUGCGCUAUAUAGUUAACAUUAAUCAAAAAUAAGUAGAGAUACUAGAGCUGCCACGAUUAGUCAAUUAAUCAAUGGUGAUCAAUCAGUGUGCUAAUCAUUUAAUUGUUACCGUCAUUUACAAACCGCAUUUGCUGAUUCCAGAUUCUUAAAUGUAAGGAACUGCUGUUUUUCUUUGUUAUUUAUGACAUUAAAUGAAUAGUCUUUGGGUUUUGGACAAGAAUAGUAAAUUGAAGACAUCAUUUUGAAAUCUGUGAUGAGAAAUUUUUCACUUUUUUUUUUGACAUUUUAUAAAUAGAUAAUUGAGUGAUCAUGAAAAUAAUCCUCAGAUUAAUAAUUGUUAGUGGCUGCCCUAAAAGAGACCCAGAUUUCAUUUGUAAGAUAUUGAGUCAUGGAUUCAUUUAAUGGUGUCAUUACUUUCUUAAUAUAAUGUAUUUCCUUUAGAAAUAGAAUGUUAGACAAGUAGGAAUCUUUCAGCUAUGAAGAGGAAAUCAUUUUGAUUUGAUAAAAUAGCAAUAUACCUGUUAUUGAAACAUGAAGACACUGAAGAAACAGCUUUCUAGGUGACCCAUGGUAUCUUUAAGUCUGUGUUCAAUUUUGGCUGCUUCAUAUAUUAAGUUUGUCUAAAGUUAGCUUCUAGACUGCUAACGUGGUAGCUGAGCUUCCCUCUGCAGGAAAUGAAUGGAAUACCGUUGCUUGCAGUGUAGAGGCACAACAAAAAAUCUCAAAGUGCUGUGAAAAGCAGAAAACAGCUACGCUUAGUUGAUUUUUGCAUCUUCUGAUUUGGAAUGCUAUCCGGAAUAAUUCCUCUCUAUGCCUCUAGGUGCUGACCUGUGAAUUCUUUUAGAUUAACACUUUUCUUUUUCAUUGGUACUAUACUGGUGCGCUGUGACCUCUCCAUACGACUUCUCAUGAGUACCAAUUAGUAUUAUUGAUUGAGGUCAUCUGGCACCCAGUCACCCUGAGCAUUUCGGUGUAAAUUUGAUUCCUUGCAAACACAUUUGAAUUUAGGCUUCCCCAGACUUGGGUGUUGUGUUGUGUUUUCUAAAUAGACGGAGGAGCAGAAUUAACAAAAGUCGGUGUUGUGUACAGAAAAGCCAACUGUUUGUUGUUAGCAGUAAAGUAAUGAUACCUUAAAGCAUCUGUAGUAGAAACAAUCUAGUGUCGUUAGCGAUAAUUACAGUUAAAUAUUAGUCUAAAUGUCUCUUGUGUCUUAAGGCAUUUAGAAGUCUUCCUCUGUCUCCAUAUCUUGAAGUGACAGUUAAACUGACACGUCCUCAGAAGGAAGCCCAGCUUUGUCUCCAUGUCCCUGGUGGCCCCUAGUCAGUGCUGUCAAAACAACAGUUGCUUGCUGCUCUGUCAGAGCUCGUGACAAGUGUCAUAUUCUGCCCUCAUAUGUCACUCUGUUGCCUAUCGAGGGCCCUAUAUGCAUGCUUUUGGGGACAGUCAAACCCAUGCAGUUUACUGCUUUGUGUUUCUCUAGAGUAUGUCCAGAAACAACGCCACUUUGGGUUUGUCUUUAGAGAUCAGGUCUGCAGAAUGCCUUGCUGACUCUUCACCAGUCCUUUGCCAUCAUUCAUACUCAGUCGGUCUAAAAGACUGUGUAUCAGUUCUACAAGUGCAUGGAUAUGUAUUUACUCAGAUCUGUACAGUAAUUUAAAACUGAAAAUAAGUGUGUGGUCUUGUGAAAACUGAAUGCCAGGUAGCUGUGUAGUGUGACGAUGUGUAAAGUAUUUAUUGAAGAGGCCACACAUACCUGUCUUUUACUUUUUUGUGCUUACAUUCUUGAUAUAUCAUAAACCUAUGAGUUAAACUCUGAUUUGUGAUGUAGUCCUAAAGCGACUACUGUAUUUUUUAAUUUGCUAACCUUGUUUACAGACAUGCAUUUAAGGGAAUAUUUCUGAUUAAUUGUGUACUGUAUUACUGUGAUACUGUAUGAAGUAAGACUGUGAAUGUGGCUGCUGUUGUGUAUGUGAAGUGUCUCAGCCUUUGGCCUAUAGCUCUUGAAAAUUAAGCAGAGCUUUAAUAAACUCUUGACUUUUUCACCUUA